AUGGAAGGCUCUGAUACCACUGUUAGAAAACCGAGCACGGUAGCGGAUUUUGGAUUGGCAAAGCUUGUGGGGAGAACAAACGAGGAAGAUCUCAUUGCUACACGACUCGUCGGCACACCAGGAUAUCUUCCUCCCGAGUCCGUGAAGGAACUCCAGGUGACUCCCAAAACCGACGUGUUUGCAUUUGGAGUCGUUUUGGCAGAGCUAAUAACGGGUCAGAGAGCACUGACUCGAGACAAUAAUGAGCCCCCCAAAUUGAAAUCACUAAUCACAGUGGUAAAUAAGAUUUUUCGAGAAGAGGACCCAGAAUCCGCUUUAGAAGCUGUGGUGGAUGGGAACCUUCGGGGAAGCUAUCCCAUGGAGGAUGUCUGUAAGAUGGCAGAAAUAGCUGAGUGGUGUUUGAGUGAAGAUCCAGUGAACCGACCCGAAAUGCGCGAGGUCGUACAGACUAUAUCUCAGAUCAUGACAUCCUCGGUCGAGUGGGAAGCUUCCUUGGGAGGGAAUAGCCAAGUUUUCAGUGGCCUGUUAGGAAGAUGAAAGAAACAGUGUAAUCCUGACAUUUCUAUGGGAUUCAUAUAACUCAUGAGUUAACUGUGUCAUAUAGCUUAAUUUUUUGAUU